AUGGGAGUUCGAUUGCCCAACCUACUACUCAAGUCCAUCUGUCUGAAGGGUCUUAAAACCUGUGUGCAGGACAAGACGCCAUACAAGGGCAGCGGACGAUGCUUCGGCGAGUACAGGUGCCCUGAGUGUCGCAGGACCUGGAUGUCUGCCAACUCCUGGGCUGGCUACGGGCAGGAGUGUACCUCGUGCCGCAUCAACGUGUAUCCUCAUAAGCAGAGACCACUUCAAAAGCCCGACGGAUUGGACAAGGGUGAUAUGGAGAAAGAACAUCUGCAGUCGCACUGCCAGAAGUGCAAGGCGCUAGGCCGCUGCUGCCGCGGUUAUAGGCGCUUCUAAGG